UUGGUAUUAACAAAACCCUAAAAAUGGAUAUUAUACUAGAAAAGGGAAAAAAAAAAACAAAAAAGAGAAAAGCAGGAGAGCAAAACAACAAAUUUCCUUUAUUUUUUCCAAAUUGUAUAAUGCAAACAGUAAUAGAUAUUAAGGACUUCGAUGAAGAACCUUUUCUCGUCGGAGAUGAUGAGCGAUUCGAGUUAAUUCGCCGCGUGGAGAUUGGUUCUCCCAAUGUUCAUCUCAGUAGCUAGCUACUUGGGGUGCAAACUCAAGCAUAUAGACUCCGGGCCCGAGUUAAGUGAAGAAAUAAACUACGUCGUUUACAUGAGAAAAACCCUUUAGUUCUAAACUACGUCGUUUUAAUCCCACUGUCGGUCGAGGCGAAAGGCGCCAUCGCAUCGCAGUUUCGGUUUCUUUUCUCUUACAAAAUUUCUGCCCUUCAUCCACCGGGAACUGAUUGCUUUGAAGCCGCCGCCAUCAUUGUCGGUCACCUUUGGCGUUCUCCCUCUCUAUUCCCGACGUUUCCAUUCACCAGCCGCUACUUUCAAGCCGUUACAGUUGUUGUCUGUUUAGAUUGAACUGCAGGAGUCGUAAUAGCUACUUACACCUCUUCCUCGCUUCCUUCUUUCCAAGUCGUUCUCUUUCAGAGUUUCAGUAUCUUCACUGACCCAAGAAUUACCCGAUUGGAGGAAGUCCAUUCGAGGGAGAUUCAAACAUUUCCCCAAUUCGAAUACUAUUAAACUGAGCAGUGAGGAGGUCAAUAAAGCAGUAGUUACAUAAAUACAAGGUUGUUUAUUAUCUUGACGAUGAGGACAGAAGAAGUGAACUGGUGCCAGAUUCAGGAAUGGUACCCAAAAUUCAAGUCUGUAUCUAUCAGAACUAUAAUUCAUGAGCUUCCAGAAUCUUUUGUUGAGUACCUUCUUGAUGAUGUAGGGCCCUUUAUACUACCCAUUUCUGUCUCUAAUGAAGAUGCUUUACCCAAUAGAAUUCAUAAUCCUAUAGAUGAAGAGGAUUAUCAAGUGUCAGAAGGGUCAGGAGAUGAAGCAGAGCAACCUGUAUCACCCCCAUCUUUCCCAGAACUUGAAUUGAAGAUUAAGGAAUCAAUUGAAAUCCUUGGAGGUGCAGUUUUUCCUAAGCUGAACUGGAGUUCCCCAAAAGACUCAGCUUGGAUUAGCACAUCUGGAACCCUCUGUUGCACUUCAUUCAGUGAGAUUGCAUUAUUGCUUCGGUCAUCUGAUUCGUUGGUCCAUGAUUUGUGCCAUGCCUAUGAUUCAUGCAGCAACAAAACCAUGUCAAGACCCCCAAAUUUCUUCCUUGCACUCCGCAAGUGGUAUUCAUCUUUGUUGCCUGAGAUGGAAUUCCGUUGCUUUGUUUGGGGUCAUCACCUCGUUGGCAUCUCACAGCGUGAAGUCACUACAUUUUAUCCUGUUCUCCUUGAGAAGAAAAGUGAUCUUCAACUGCUGAUUGAGAAUUUAUUUAUGGAUAAUGUGAGGCUGAAUUUUGAGUCAGAGAAUUACACAUUUGAUAUUUAUGUCACCAGGGAUGAGCGUGUUAAAAUUGUGGAUUUUAAUCCUUGGGGUGCAUUUACACUUCCAUUGCUUUUUACUUGGGAGGAAUUAGGGCAGAAUGCGAGAGAAGGGAACAGUGUGGACUUCAGAAUUGUGGAGAGCCAAUGUGGAAUUCGGCCAGGGCUGAAAACAGCAGUUCCACAGGAUUAUUUGGAUACUAGUCCAGGGAGUGGUUGGGAUCAGUUCUUGAAGAAAGUUGAUGCAGAGUUCAAGCAACAGGGAACUUCUCCUACAGGAAUUCAUUCAUUAAAUCAUAAGGAUUAAUACAAUCUCAGGGCCCAAGAGAACCAACCCAAAAACAACUCAAGAUCACAGAGCCAAGCAUGUAGAAUUGAUGAAUCCUUUGAAAAAAAUAUUCUGAUAUGGCUUAAGGGGUGAAAUUAGACAUGGCCAUGGUCAAUUUUUAGCACCCUGUGAUAUGAUCUUGAUCCUCUAAAUCAUUGAACAAAAUCGAUGACCAAAUCUAAGUGAAAUGAAGUGUUAACUCAUAAUUUUUUUUUUUCUUUUUAGAGGGUUAAGCUGGUAAUAUUUAAUCAAAGUGUUUGAUCUAUUUUUAUGUUUAGCCUGGCAUAUUGUGAAAAUAUGUAUUGUAAUAAAUUUCCUGUAAAUAGAAUGUGUUUGUAUCUUUUCCUUUA